GGGUUUGUUCUAUGAGUUGUAAAACUGUUUACCCAAGUAGAAGUUAGGGAGCUGAAAUGUGACUUCUGGGCCUACUGUGAUAGGAGAUCUAUUUUAGACUUCGAAUUGUGUUUAUGGUCUGAGAGCAUACUUCGGAAGAGCCGUGGUUCAGAUUUCCUUUGAGACUGCUUGAGGAAAGAUCACAGCUUUCCCAGACCAGAAGAAAAAAUAUGGAAUGUGCUUUACCGCUGACUGAACACGGCCAAUUGAACUGUACUGACAGUAGUUUGAAAACCAGCAGUUAGCAGUUUGUUCAGGCUCCAGCAUUGUCCAGCACUUUCCAGAGCAAACUCACUGUUUACAAGAACUCUCAGCCUUACGAAGUUAACAACCUCAAGCUUUGUUUAUUUAAAAUAUUUCUGCAAAAGAAAAGUACUCGUAGCCUAUUUUCCAAAAUGGCCAUGGAUGAGUAUUUGUGGAUGGUCAUUUUGGGCUUUAUUAUUGCUUUCAUCUUGGCGUUUUCUGUUGGUGCAAAUGACGUUGCCAAUUCCUUUGGUACUGCGGUGGGCUCUGGCGUGGUAACCUUGAGGCAGGCAUGCAUUCUGGCUUCAAUAUUUGAAACCACUGGCUCUGUAUUACUGGGCGCCAAAGUGGGAGAGACUAUCCGGAAAGGCAUCAUUGAUGUGAACCUCUACAAUAAGACCGUGGGAAUCCUUAUGGCUGGGGAAGUGAGUGCCAUGGUCGGUUCAGCUGUUUGGCAGCUUAUAGCGUCCUUCCUGAGACUUCCCAUCUCAGGAACGCAUUGUAUUGUCGGUUCCACUAUAGGAUUCUCACUUGUUGCAAAUGGUACGAAAGGUGUGCAGUGGAUGGAGCUUGUCAAGAUUGUUGCUUCUUGGUUCAUAUCUCCACUGCUGUCUGGUUUCAUGUCUGGCGUGCUGUUUGUACUGAUCAGAAUGUUCAUCUUAAAAAAGGAGGACCCUGUUCCCAAUGGUCUCCGGGCACUUCCUGUGUUUUAUGCAGCUACGAUAGCAAUAAACGUCUUUUCCAUCAUGUACACAGGAGCUCCAGUGAUGGGUCUGGUUCUGCCGCUGUGGGCCAUUGCGCUCAUCUCCCUCGGUGUCGCUCUGCUGCUGGCCUUCUUCGUGUGGCUCUUUGUGUGUCCGUGGAUGCGGAGGAAAAUAGCAGGCAACUUAGAAAAGGAAGGGGCUUUGUCACGAGCCUCUGACGAAAGCCUCAGUAAAGUCCAGGAAGCAGAGUCUCCAGUCUUUAAGGAGCUGCCAGGUGCCAAGACCAGCGAUGACAGCACCGUCCCUCUCACAGGGCCAUCUGGGGAGACUGUGGGGACUUCUGAGGGCACAUCCACAGGGAACCACCCACGGAUCUCCUACGGACGGGCACUUUCCAUGACUCAUGGCUCUGCAAAGUCACCCAUCUCCAAUGGGACGUUUGGCUUUGAUGGCCACAUGAAGAGUGAUGGUCACGUGUACCACACUGUGCACAAAGACUCGGGGCUCUACAAAGACUUGCUGCACAAAAUCCAUGUGGACAAGGGCUCCGAGGAGAAGCCAGCUCAGGAAAACAGCUAUAGGCUGCUGCGGAGGAACAACAGCUACACCUGCUACACGGCGGCCAUCUGCGGCAUGCCGGUGCACGCCACCUUCAGGUCCACGGACACGUCCUCCGCCCCCGAGGACAGUGAGAAGCUGGUGGGCGACACCGUGGCCUAUUCCAAGAAGAGGCUUCGCUACGACAGCUACUCCAGCUACUGCAACGCAGUGGCUGAGGCCGAGAUCGAGGCCGAGGAGGGUGGCGUGGAAAUGAAGCUGGCCUCCGAGCUUGCAGACCCUGACCGGCCUCGAGAGGACCCCGUGGAGGAAGAGAAGGAAGAGAAGGACACUGCAGAGGUCCACCUGCUGUUCCAUUUUCUUCAAGUCCUCACUGCCUGCUUUGGGUCCUUUGCUCACGGUGGCAACGAUGUGAGUAAUGCCAUCGGCCCCCUGGUAGCUUUAUGGCUAAUAUACGAACAAGGCGCAGUGCUGCAAGAAGCAGCUACUCCUGUCUGGCUGCUGUUUUAUGGAGGAGUUGGGAUUUGCACAGGCCUCUGGGUUUGGGGGAGAAGAGUGAUCCAGACCAUGGGAAAGGACCUCACUCCGAUCACGCCAUCCAGUGGCUUCACCAUCGAGCUGGCCUCCGCCUUCACCGUGGUGAUCGCCUCCAAUAUUGGGCUUCCGGUCAGCACUACCCACUGCAAGGUGGGUUCGGUGGUGGCUGUGGGCUGGAUCCGCUCCCGGAAGGCUGUGGACUGGCGCCUCUUCCGGAACAUCUUCGUGGCCUGGUUUGUGACUGUCCCCGUGGCUGGGCUCUUCAGCGCUGCUGUCAUGGCUCUUCUCAUGUAUGGAAUCCUUCCAUAUGUGUGACCUGGCUUCUUCCAGCCAGGACACAACUAAAGGGAUAGUCUAGCAUGGGUGUGCAGGAGGCAUGUGCCUCUCUCUGUCUGUCUCUCUCUCUCUCUCAUACACAAAGCCAGCCCUCCGCAUCCCUUCCAAAUGGUUUCAUGCCACAGCGCACCGGCUGCAAAGAUUCAUCUUCCAGAGCUAACUUAACUACUGUACAUAGUAGUAAUAUAAAACAUAUCGUGGUGAGAUCAUGUGGUGCAGUUCCUUAUAUUAAAUAUACAUUGUAUGCAUAAACUAGGUAGUGUUCCUGCAAACAUACUUAAAACGGGAGUGGAGACUUGCCUAGAAUUUGAUAACCCUUGUACCUAAUGGUCUCAGUGGCAAAUGUUAAGAACUCUUAAAAGGAAAACUGUAGAUUGGAAAGUCAUUUUUUCUAGAUGAUAUCUUUACCUUUCAACAUACUGUAAGAUAAGUGAGAUCUGGAUGCACAACACAAGCCUGAGUAAGUUCUCAGCCCCGUGUGUGACCGCGUAGUGCCGGGACAGGAGUUUAAGUGUGUUCACUGAAGAAGUGUCUGUGUACUAUAUCUGGGUUCCUGUGUAAUAUAUCGUAAUUGCUUUUGUAAAUACUUUAAACUGUAAUUUUUUUAAUGGUAUGCUUUCCUUAUACUUUUUUUUUUUUUGAUCAGAGAAAUUUUGGAAAGUACCAAAGAAGCGGAGGAUAGGUUGCCAGUAUUAUAUCUUCAUGUUGUCUGUCUUCCCUUUUCACUGGUCACAAUGAGCCUGGCAUUAGAAGACCAGCAGUUCAGACUCGCCCACAGCAAUGUGCAUGGUUAGGUACCAGCUGCCCAUCGUGUACUGUGGGUUUACCCAUCCACCAGCUGCACCACUGCUGCCACACACCAGAUCCUGGUCAGCCUUUUCACUGGCCUUUCACUGUCACCAGCGUGGAGAGUGUACAGACAUAGGGAUGUGUGAUUAAACACUACAUAACAAGUCCAAUUGCAGUUUCCCUCUCUCUUUGUCCCUGCAGCCUGGAAAGCAGAAUUCUUGUCUCAAACAUUAAAGCCAGCAAAGCUUUUGAUGUGUUUCGACAUUCUAGAAACUGGGGGGAAAGGGGGGAGGGGCAGGGCACUACUAGAAAUGACACCGGCUUGGGGAUUUCUUCGAGGCCUUCACUUUGCAGAACAUCUGAUACUCUCCUGUACAGCCAUUGAAUUCUCUUCUGAUAGCGGGAGAGAAGUGUUAUGACUAAAACGUUAAGAGCCUGAAGCCAUGGAAAUGCUGCUAAAACUUUUAUAUUGACAUACAUUUUCGUGGUACUUCAUUGUGAUUUUUUCAUUAAUCAACCAUAUUAAAUUUAUAAUAAAAAAUAUCCCUCAAA